AUGACCACUCUCAUUUUGAUCGAUUUUGAUGAAACCAUGACAAUUGAAGAUACGAUUGCGCCGUUAGGAUCUUUUGCUGUCAACGCUACGAACAACUCUCAUCCUUGGUCCUGGUAUUCAGAUGAAUAUAUGAAGGACUAUUAUGCACACCAAGCAACUCUCACCAACCAACCCAAAAAUUUUGGCGAUUUUGUUAAGCAGCUGGAUAGUUAUCAUGAUGUGGAACAAGCCUCUUUAGACCGGGUUGGAACAAACCAUGUCUUCAAGGGUCUCUCACAUAAAGACCUGUAUGAAGCGGGCGUUCAAUAUGCUUCAAAAAAAAAGAUCGUUCAGCCUUAUCUGUUCGAAGCCCUCGAACCUUACUUGCCUCAGAUGCGCAUCAUCUCUUUGAAUUGGUCAAAGGAUUGGUUAUUGGGCAUAUUGAAAGGUUUAGAUGUUCAGAAGAAGGAUAUCUAUAGUAAUGAUUUGGUGUUUAAAAAGAAGAGACACAAUAAAAAGUCACAUCAUGGCUGUAAAGAAGAAGACAAGGAGGACGAGGAAGUGGCAACAGGUAUUAUCACACCCGAAAUCUUGACGACGGGUGAUAAGCAACAUAUCAUCAAAAAGAUAAAGCACAAUAAAAGAGUCAUUUAUAUUGGUGAUUCCACAGGGGAUAUUGAAGCAUUAGUCGAAGCUGACAUUGGUAUUGUCAUUGGUAACAAUACCUCCCUACUCAAGCAAUUGCAGCGAUUCCAUUAUUCCCUCGAGGAAGAUAUAACGAAACCCAGCUCUUUAUACCGUGUUGACAAUUGGAAGCAAAUCAAGACGAUUCUUGAUAACAAUAUUCAAUAG